AUGACUUUGUGGGGCAGCGACUCAGUCAAAGAUGUUGCCGAAGCGGUGGGCGUACUCAAUCUAAACAAGGAGGUCACAGCUAGGUUAGCGCAAGAUGUUGAGUUUCGCGUGGCCGUGGUGGUAGAAGAGGCUCUGAAAUGGAUGCGGAAAGCUAAGAGGAAUGUUCUCUGGACACAAGAUAUCAGCAACGCGCUGCGGGCGCUAGACAUCGAACCGCUCUACGGAUACGAGUCGACACGUGCGCUGAAGUAUGGCGAAGCAUCUCUCGGGCCCGGGCAACCGAUCUACUGGUUGGAAGACGAAGAACUCGAACUCGAAAAGCUCAUCAACGCACCACUACCGAAAGUACCCCGCGAAUGCAGUUUUACAGCUCACUGGCUAGCGGUUGACGGCCAGCAGCCGACCACUGCGCAGAACCCAACAGCAACGGAAAGCCGCGGUGUUGACCUCGUUGCGAAGUCGGCCAACCCGUACCUCCAGGCCAUGGCGGGUAUCGACUCGUCGGGCACGAAACCACUGGUAAAACAUCACCUCUCGCAAGAAUUACAGCUCUAUUUCGAGCGCAUCGCCUCCUCGGCGCUCUCCGAGGACCAGCCUGAAUUGCGUGCUGCAGCGCUAGCAUCAUUACGCUCGGACGGCGGCAUCUCACAGCUGCUUCCAUAUUUCGUCUCCUGGAUCUCAGAAAAGAUCACGCAUGCCACGUCAAGUCCCAACGCAAUCUUUACCCUCACAACCGUACUCUCGAUCGCCGACGCACUAUCUCGCAACGGCACACUAAACUUAGCCGCAUAUGUUCCAUCACUCAUCCCGGGCAUCCUCACCUGCUUAAUUGGCCGCAAUCUUGGCCCACAGGGCAACAACGAGCAUUUCUCAGUAAGACGACUCGCUGCGUCGCUACUCGCACGACUCUCCACUAAAUACGCGAGAUCGUCGUCUGGGCUCAAGCCCCGCCUCGCACGGACAUGCUUGCGGUGCUGGCUCGACCCGAAGAAAUCACUAGGUGCGCACUGGGGAGCUCUCGAGGGACUUCGUGCCAUAGGUGGCGCGGAAAUCGUUCGCAAGCUUGUGGUCCCAAACCUGAGGGCGUAUGAGGAGAUUCUCACCGACACCGCCAUCAUUGAUGGGAGCACAAAGGCGGAGGAGCGUGAUGAGGUUGUGAAGGCGAUCUUGGAGGCGCUGGCAACACUUGUAGAAGAGGAGCCGGACGUGCAAAUGAAUGGCCACAGCGAAGAGCCGUUGGGGGCGAAGUUGAGUGCGAAGAUCGGCGAAUAUCUGACUGAGAGGAUAUUGAGUGGAGGCGAAAAGGGGGAACAGUUGGCGAAGGCUGUGAUUGACGAUUCAUACGACGACAUUUGA